UUAUAAAAUGUAAUGUUAUUAUAAUUUAAUAGGUACAUAGAGUUUUUAAAUUUAAACAAUCAGCAUGGCUCUCAAAAUAUAUUGAAUUGAACACCAAUAUGAGAAAGAAUGCAAGGAAUGAUUUUGAAAGAGAGUUCUUCAAGUUAAUGAACAAUGCAGUCUUUGGCAAGACGAUGGAAAAUGUUCGUAAUAGAUUGAAAAUGAAAUUGGUGUCUGAUGAUAAGACGUGCGCAAAAUUAAUUAACCGAAAUACAUUUAGAGAUAUUACAAUUUAUAGUCAAAACCUAGCGGCAAUACAUUUAGACAUGGAUGAAUUGAAAUUUGAUAAGCCAAUAUAUGUGGGGUUUUCGAUUUUGGACAUAUCAAAGACAUUAAUUUAUGAUUUCCACUACAACUAUAUGAUUAAGAGUUAUGGUUCAAACAUUGAAUUGAUGUAUACGGAUACAGAUUCAUUGAUAUAUUACAUAAAGACAGCAGAUUUCUACGCUGAUUUAUUAAACAAGCCCAAUCUUUUAAAACGGAUGGAUACUUCAAACUUACCGAUUGACCAUCCAUGCUAUUGUAUUGAGAGGAAAAAAUUGCCCGGAACUUUUACUGAUGAGGCGGAGGGUGAAGUUAUUAGUGAAUUUAUAGCUUUAAAAGCUAAGUCAUAUUCGUUCAGGAUCGUUGGUAAGAAUGACAUAAUCAAAGCCAAAGGUAUCCGAGCACCUGUAGUGAAGCAUCAUAUGACGUUUGAGGAUCAUAAGAAAUGUUUGUUUUGGCGUGGUACACCAGAUGAUGAGGAUAAAGCACGAAAAUUAGCAGUUAUGCAAUGUAAUCAGUUUAAAUUAACAGGAAUCACUGCAACAACAAAUCAAUAUACACCAUUUAGAAUAAAUACAUCACUUAGAUCUUUUAAACAUGAAAUAAAAACCAUCUCAACAGUAAAACUUGCUCUUAACCGCAGUGAUGAUAAAAGGAUUGUGCUUGAGAAUCAAAUUAAUACCUUGGCUCACGGUCACUUUCGUAUAGAGGAAGCUGAAGAACUUGACCGUUUAGAAGCAGAGUUGCUUGAAAUGAUGGAGGAUAGAGGAUAUUAAAUUUUAUGUAAAUAAUUGUAUAUAUUUUUUUUUUUGUCAUAUUUAUAAAUAUAUUGGUUAUGUAUA